AUUCUUGAGACUUGGGACUUCAGAGUUAAAAACAGUUGUUUGUUUAACUUGACUUCAUAUUAAUCACUGUCAGGAAAGGAUCGAUCCCUAGAACAGAAAUCGAACCUGAAACUUACAGAAGUGCUCACAAACAUAUGUUGCCUAUUAAAAUGGAUAAACCACCGUGUUCACCAAGUCAUACUUGCUCAGGAGAGCCCCCUUUAGGCUGUAAUGACACUGCAUCAGGUCUUGUGGACACCAAAGUUAAAAAUAAAACUGGGAAGAAGAAAAAGCAGAAAAAGAGACAAAGUGUCCCAUCCCAAAUGAAAACAGCCAAUGAGUGCUCUCAGGUCACUGUUGAAGAGCAGUCAUCGUCCUCACAACUCCUGCUUGAGAGCCCUGAAAACAAGUCUGCAGGAUCAAAGCAUACCCGAAAAACAAGAAAUCAAUCUAUUUCUCCUGCAAGUUCAUCUCAUCAAGAUAAAACCCAGAAUGCAAAGCAAACAUCACCUCUCUUUACCUGUGACCAGUCAACCCAGACAGAGGCUUCCCAACUCCAGUCUGUCCAAACACAGUCAACACAAACCCCUCCGAUCCAGGAUACACACACACCAUCAACAGAAUGCAAGUCCACCCAGACAAUACAGUCUAGUUUUUCGCUGCAACAGGCAUACUGGGGAAGAUCUUUCACUGAACAGUCAGCUGAUGAGCAGAAAACCCAGUCCAGUCAUCUGACACUCUUAUGCUGGAAUAUAGAUGGUCUGGAUACAGAUAAUGUCUUUGAGCGGGCCAAAGGUUUGCUUUCACACUUAGGAAAGUACCGUGCAGAUGUUGUACUGUUGCAAGAGCUGGUUCCUGGUAGUUGGAAGAUUUUAAAGGACAUUAUGAAAGAUUAUCAGUUUUUGCAAGGCAGUGAAGAUGGCUAUUUCACUGGCAUUUUGCUCAGAAAGGACAGAGUGCAGUUCCUCCAGAGCAAUAUUGUGAAGUACCCCACCACAGAGAUGGGUAGAAACCUGCUAAUAGCACAUGCAAGCUUUUUAGGCCAUCCACUAUGCAUUAUGACAUCUCAUCUGGAGAGCUGUAAGGCAAGCUCUCAAGAACGCUUGAAUCAGCUGCGUAGAGUCUGGAAAUGGAUGAAAGAGGCUCCACAGGACCACACAGUUAUAUUUGGAGGAGAUACCAACCUUAGAGAUUGGGAGGUAAAGAAGCUCGGGGGGCUGCCGGAUGGUAUCUCUGAUGUGUGGGAGAUGCUGGGUGAGCCGGAGGAAAGCAGAUACACCUGGGACACAUCCAUCAAUGAUAACAAAGAAAUCCCUAAUUCUAUACGCCUGAGAUUUGACAGACUCUUUCUCAGAGCAACCGCAGAGGGUGCCAAACUACAGCCAGAAAGCAUGACCCUAAUCGGUCUAGAGAAGCUGAAGUGUGACUAUUUCAUCAGCGAUCACUGGGGCAUCCUUUGUACUUUCAUAUUUGGAGCAUCAGAAGAGCAGUGUGUCACUGACUGAUUUUUUUAAUGGCCUGCACUUGAUUAUAUGAAUGGGUUGUUAAAGGGAUAGUUCACACAGAAAUUAAAAUUCUGUCAUUAAUUACUCACCCUCAUGUUGUUCCAAACCCAUAAGACCUUCAUUCAUCUUUGGAACACAAAUUAAGAUAUUUUUGAAGAAAUCCAAGAGCUAUCUGACUCACCAUAGACAGCAAUGUAACGGAAAUGUUCCCAGACCCAGAAACAUAGUAAGGAAAUCGAUAAAAUAGUCGACAUCGGUGGUUCAACCACAGUUUUACGAAGCUACGAGAAUACUUUUUGUGUACAUUAAUCCAACAAUUCUUCUCCUCCAAAUCACAUACUCUGUCAUUUGAACUACAAGUUUAAAUGACAGAAUUUUCAUUUUAGGGUAAACUAUCCCUUUAAUGGCUUAAUAUUAUAUAGUUAUAUAGCUUUUUAAACAAAUCACUGUUGAUGUGAACUCUGAACUAGGUUUAAAUGGUCUCUGAUAAUCAUAAACUGUUGGGAGAAUAACCGGUUGUGCAACAAUAUAUACUUAUAGGGGAAACCAGGGCUAUUUGUCACACUUUCUGCUCCAGUAAUUCAGUACUUAUUUCUUUAUACUACUGUAUCUGACGUCUUGCCUACAAAAAGAGCCACCACAAACAUUCAGUUUGUUUGGGAAUAUUGCCUAGGAAAAAAAUAUAUAGUUCACUAUACACACUGAACGUGUGACAACAUGCCAUUAGGAGUGGAAAGAAACCUGCUAUUAAAUAGCCUAUUACUGGAUUUUAAACAAAAUUUAAACAAUGAUGAAAAUCAAACCAUUGUUUUGGCUAACAAAUAUUGUGAAUAAAAUUGUGUAAUAUCAACAAUC